AUCCGCAACCCAAAAAGUCCCGGUCACCGCCCGGAUAGCAAGCCAACUCCAAUUCGGCCUCCUUAUCGAAUUUUUUUUAGCCAGAAAAAUUUCGGAUUUCUAAGAUUUACUUCCUGUUUUGAUGAUCUAAGUGCUCGAUAAUGAUCUAAUCAUCUGGUUCCAAUCUCUUUAUCCUUCGAUUCUGCGGGAAUUGGAGGUUUUGAUCGGUUUUUUUUCCUUUUAUUCUGGUGAAAUUAUGGUUUUCUGAGGAACUCUGCGAAUUUAAUGUGUUUUUAAUGGGGAGUUAGAGUUUGAUGGGAUUUUUCUCCGAAUUCUUUAUUUAAAAUCCUUCCUUCUUUUUUUAUUUUUGUUUUUUGUUGUCUCUAAUGGUUGUUUGAGGAGCUCCGCCUGGAGGUGGAUUGGUUGAUGUUGUUGGAGAGAUAGAUUCUGGUGAAUUUAGGGUUUUGGAUUGGAGUUGAUACGUUCUGAAACGAAAUUUGCAGAAAAGAUCGAUCCUUGGAAGCAUCGGCUACGGCAGAAUGGGAUUUUUCAAUUGAUGUCGAGGUAUAUCUCGGAUCUCGGACCCUAGGGAGACCUUGGGGAUGCGAGUAUAAGGGGUUCUUCCUUCGUUCUUCUCUUGUUGGCGUUGUUCCAGUCCAUGGCCAAUCUAGCGGAGCCCUCGUCUUCUCUGAGCGUCACCUCCUCCUCCUACCUCUCCAAUGGGACAAGCGUCUACGCCGCUCCCCCUCCCGCUCCUUCUCCGGCCACGGCCCUGCCGUCGGCGCCGGCCAACGAGGCCGGGGGCAGCCUUGAGGUGGUGAGCCUCAGCAAGCUGAGCUCCAACCUCGAGCGCCUCCUUCUCGACUCCGAAUUCGACUGCAGCGAUGCCGAGAUCGUCGUCGAGGGCGUCCCGGUCGGCGUCCACCGCUGCAUCCUGGCGGCGAGGAGCCGGUUCUUCCACGACCUCUUCUCCGGCGCCGGCGCCGGCGCCGGCGGUGGAUGUCGGCAGGAGGGAGGGAAGCCGAGGUACGAGAUAAGUGAAUUGGUGCCGUGCGGCCGGGUCGGGCGCGAGGCCUUCAUGAAUUUCUUGAGCUAUUUGUACACUGGGAAGCUGAGGCCGGCUCCGCCGGAGGUGUCGGUGUGUGUGGAUCCGAUGUGCGCUCAUGAUGCUUGCCGGCCUGCUAUCAAUUUCGUGGUGGAGUUGUUGUAUGCAUCGUCUGUGUUUCAGAUUCCAGAGCUGGUCUCUCUUUUGCAGCGUCGCCUUCUGAACUUUGUUGAGAAGGCUCUUGUGGAAGAUGUAAUCCCUAUCCUUCUGGUUGCCGUACACUCACAACUUAAUCAGUUACUCAGUCACUGUAUCAAAAGGAUAGCAAGAUCUGAUCUUGACAAUAUCUCUCUUGACAAGCAGCUACCGCAUGAAGCUGCUGAGGAGAUUAAAUUGAUCCGCCGCAAAGCCCAGCCUGAUGAACCAAAUUCCUCAAUUGUAGACCCUAUACAUGAGAAAAGAAUUAGAAGAAUCCAUAGGGCCCUGGAUUCUGAUGAUGUUGAACUUGUCAAGUUGCUUCUUAGUGAAUCAGAUAUCACUUUAGAUGAUGCCAAUGCUAUACACUAUGCAGCUGCCUACUGUGAUUCCAAAGUUGUGUCAGAGUUGUUAGAACUGGGGUCAGCUAACGUGAAUCUGAAGAAUGAUAGAGGAUACACACCCCUCCAUGUAGCUGCCAUGAGAAGGGAGCCAGCUAUUAUUGUUUCUCUUCUCACCAAAGGUGCUUCCGCAUCAGAAACAACAUCUGAUGGGCAGAGUGCUGUUAUGAUUUGUAGGAGGCUAACAAGGGCAAAAGAUUAUAAUACAAAGACUCAGCAGUGUCAAGAGUCAAAUAAAGACCGGGUAUGCAUUGACAUUCUGGAAAGAGAGAUGCGGAGGAAUCCCAUGGCUGUGGAAGACGCAGUCACAUCACCGUUAUUAGCUGAUGACCUUCAGAUGAAGCUUCUUUACCUGGAAAACCGAGUUGCAUUUGCGAGAUUAUUCUUCCCUACUGAAGCCAAGGUAGCCAUGGAAAUUGCACAAGCAGAGACAACAUCAGAACUCAGAGGUCUUUUGACAUCAAGGAGCUCAAGUAACCUGAGGGAGGUUGAUCUGAAUGAGACACCAACGAUGCAAAACAAACGGCUACGUUCGAGGGUCGAUUCCCUUACGAAAACAGUGGACCUGGGCAGGCGCUAUUUCCCACAUUGUUCGCAAGUUUUGGAUAAGUUUCUCGAACAAGACUUGCCUGAUCUGUGCUACCUCCAGAAGGGAACACCUGAUGAGCAAAAGAUCAAGCGGAUGCGUUUCUGUGAGUUAAAGGAGGAUGUUCGAAAGGCCUUCAACAAGGACAAGGCUGAGAUCGUCCGCUCGGGGCUCUCUUCAUCAUCAUCAUCAUCCUCCUCGUUGAAGGGUGAUACAAGGCAUCCCAAGGCUGUAAUGAAGUUGUAGAGUUAUUGUGGUACAUGUAUUAUAGAUGCUACAUGAGAUGAUAUUAGCUGCCUAAAAUCUAAACCAUCAGGAGAGGUUGCACGUCAGAGUAGUUGCUUCUAUUCGUGCUGCAGAAUGAUGUCAUGAGUGUUCCUUUCUUGCUUCUCUCUCUCUCUUUUUUGGCCUUCCAAGUAAUACCAGAACCGGAAGCAUGUUUUUCAACUGAUGUUGGCAUUGGAUGGUAUUACAUUAUUGCUAUAAUAACCUAAUGGACUGUGAUUCCAUUGGUUGUAAGUUAUAUAGAAGUGCAAAUAGCUAGCUUAUUUUUGUAGUUCUCUCUGGUUUUAAUGUUAAGCCCCUUUGGUUGUUCAUUUUUUUAA